CUCUUCCACCUGUCCUUCCUCCCUGCUCCUGGGGAGCCCCCGUUUUGGAUUAGUUGGGGACCUCCGCAGGAGGCGGGGGAGGGGGCCGGUGGACUGCCCUCUCCCCCCCCCCAUCCACCCCAGCACCCAGCACCAGAGCAUCUCCGGCUCCGUGUGGUUCCUCGCCUCGAGGGAGCCCAGCCCUCCGUCCCACCAGGAUCCGUGGCGAGUGGGGGCCGCGGCAGCUGCGUCCCCAUGAGGAGGAGAGGAAGAUGCCGGCUGAGCUGCUGCUGCUGCUGAUUGUUGCCUUCGCCAGCCCCAGCUGCCAGGUGCUCUCAUCACUGCGCAUGGCUGCAAUCCUGGACGACCAGACGGUGUGUGGCCGUGGCGAGCGUCUGGCCCUGGCCCUGGCUCGGGAGCAGAUCAACGGGAUCAUCGAGGUCCCGGCCAAGGCCCGCGUGGAAGUAGACAUUUUUGAGCUGCAGCGGGACAGCCAGUACGAGACCACAGACACCAUGUGUCAGAUCCUGCCCAAGGGGGUCGUGUCUGUCCUGGGGCCCUCCUCCAGCCCUGCAUCUGCCUCCACCGUGAGCCAUAUCUGUGGGGAGAAGGAGAUCCCCCACGUCAAGGUGGGUCCCGAGGAGACGCCUCGCCUCCAGUACCUUCGCUUCGCAUCUGUCAGUCUGUACCCCAGCAACGAGGAUGUCAGCCUGGCCGUGUCCCGAAUCCUCAAGUCCUUCAAUUACCCCUCUGCCAGCCUCAUCUGUGCCAAGGCCGAGUGUCUGCUGCGAUUGGAGGAACUGGUUCGGGGCUUCCUCAUCUCCAAGGAGACGCUGUCAGUGAGGAUGCUGGAUGACAGCCGGGACCCCACGCCACUGCUCAAGGAGAUCCGAGAUGACAAGGUGUCCACCAUCAUCAUCGACGCCAAUGCGUCCAUCUCCCACCUCAUCCUCCGUAAGGCCUCGGAGCUGGGGAUGACCUCAGCGUUUUACAAGUACAUCCUCACCACCAUGGACUUCCCCAUCCUGCAUCUGGAUGGCAUUGUGGAAGACUCCUCCAACAUCCUGGGCUUCUCCAUGUUCAACACCUCGCACCCCUUCUACCCCGAGUUUGUGCGCAGCCUCAACAUGUCCUGGAGGGAGAACUGCGAAGCCAGCACCUACCCGGGCCCCGCGCUGUCGGCCGCCCUGAUGUUUGACGCUGUGCAUGUGGUGGUGAGCGCCGUUCGGGAGCUCAAUCGCAGCCAGGAGAUCGGCGUGAAGCCGCUGGCCUGUACCUCGGCCAACAUUUGGCCCCAUGGGACCAGUCUCAUGAACUACCUGCGCAUGGUAGAGUAUGAUGGGCUGACCGGGCGGGUCGAGUUCAAUAGCAAAGGGCAGAGGACCAACUACACCCUGCGCAUCCUGGAGAAGUCCCGGCAGGGCCACCGUGAGAUUGGGGUGUGGUAUUCUAACCGGACCUUGGCCAUGAAUGCCACCACCCUGGACAUCAACCUGUCGCAGACACUGGCCAACAAGACACUGGUGGUCACGACCAUCCUGGAGAAUCCGUACGUCAUGCGCAGACCCAACUUCCAGGCCCUGUCCGGGAACGAACGCUUCGAGGGCUUCUGCGUGGACAUGCUGCGGGAGCUGGCCGAGCUGCUCCGCUUCCGCUACCGCCUGCGCCUGGUGGAGGACGGCCUGUACGGGGCGCCCGAGCCCAACGGCUCCUGGACCGGCAUGGUGGGCGAGCUCAUAAACCGGAAGGCAGACCUGGCUGUGGCCGCUUUCACCAUCACGGCUGAGCGGGAGAAGGUCAUCGACUUCUCGAAACCCUUCAUGACGCUGGGGAUCAGCAUUCUGUACCGGGUGCACAUGGGGCGGAAGCCCGGCUACUUCUCCUUCCUGGACCCCUUCUCCCCUGCUGUGUGGCUCUUCAUGCUUCUUGCCUACUUGGCUGUCAGCUGCGUCCUGUUCCUGGCCGCCAGGCUGAGCCCCUACGAGUGGUAUAACCCACACCCCUGCCUGCGGGCGCGCCCUCACAUCCUGGAGAACCAGUACACGCUGGGGAACAGCCUCUGGUUCCCCGUGGGUGGCUUCAUGCAGCAGGGCUCGGAGAUCAUGCCCCGGGCGCUGUCCACACGCUGCGUCAGCGGAGUCUGGUGGGCCUUCACCUUGAUCAUCAUCUCCUCCUACACGGCCAACCUGGCUGCCUUCCUCACCGUGCAGCGCAUGGAGGUGCCCGUGGAGUCGGCCGACGACCUGGCAGACCAGACCAACAUUGAGUACGGCACCAUCCACGCUGGCUCCACCAUGACCUUCUUCCAGAAUUCGCGGUACCAAACAUACCAGCGUAUGUGGAACUACAUGCAGUCGAAGCAGCCCAGUGUGUUUGUCAAGAGCACAGAAGAGGGCAUCGCCCGCGUCCUCAACUCCCGCUAUGCCUUCCUGCUCGAGUCCACCAUGAACGAGUACCACCGGCGCCUCAACUGCAACCUGACCCAGAUAGGGGGCCUCCUCGACACCAAGGGCUACGGCAUCGGCAUGCCGCUGGGCUCCCCGUUCCGGGAUGAGAUCACGCUGGCCAUCCUGCAGCUUCAGGAGAACAACCGACUGGAGAUCCUGAAGCGCAAGUGGUGGGAGGGGGGCCGGUGCCCCAAGGAGGAGGACCAUCGAGCUAAAGGCUUGGGCAUGGAGAAUAUAGGUGGGAUAUUUGUCGUGCUCAUCUGUGGCCUCAUCAUUGCUGUCUUCGUGGCAGUCAUGGAAUUCAUAUGGUCCACGCGCAGGUCAGCAGAAUCUGAAGAGGUGUCGGUGUGCCAGGAGAUGCUGCAGGAGCUGCGGCAUGCGGUGUCUUGCCGCAAGACGUCGCGUUCCCGCCGGCGCCGGCGCCCGGGCGGCCCAAGCCGGGCCCUUCCAAGGCCCGGCUCGGGAGCCUGGGUGCGCCCCCUAGUGGGCUCGCCAGUGGGCACCGCGGACGCCCGCACUCCGCCCCCGCCCGCGGACGACAGGAGCGCAGGAACCGAGAACUCCGGGGGCAAGAGACUGCGGAAGCCGUUCCCGGAACGCUGCCACUUUGCAGAGACUGGGGGCGGGGAGGACAGCUGCAGUACCGGGGGCGGAGCCGCGGGCCGUCCGUCAGGGCGGCGGCGUCUCCGAUUGGCCCGCGACGCGCCCCCCCGGGAGCGCGGGCAUAUGAGGAGGCGGAGGCCGCGGAGCCGCAGACUCUGCGCGGUCGGGCUGACGGCUGGACGGACGCGCGGACCGAGGCGCGGGCGCUGCAGAGGCCCCAGCCAGAGCCCGCGCCUGAGCCCGCCUUGA